UUUUUGACAUUUCCCAACAAAAAGAAUUAUCGAACACGUCAGCUUAUUAAAUUAUUUUAUAGCCUUUCGGGAAAUUAAGUUAUUUUGCUAAAAUACUGCAAAAUAUAAACUAAAAUAUUAUUAAAAACAAUUCAUAAAUAAUCAAACAAAAUGGUUCUCAUCGCCUCAGCGGUAUGCACCAAGAAUGGCAAAGUGAUCAUAUCGCGACAAUUUGUCGAAAUGACCAAAGCCCGAAUUGAAGGUUUGUUGGCUGCAUUUCCGAAACUCAUGACUUCCGGCAAGCAACACACUUUCGUGGAGACAGAUUCUGUUCGAUACGUCUAUCAGCCCAUGGAGAAGCUAUACAUGCUCCUGAUCACCACAAAGGCUAGUAAUAUCUUGGAGGAUCUUGAAACACUGCGUUUGUUUUCAAAAGUUAUUCCAGAGUAUUGCCACUCCCUGGAGGAGAAGGACAUUCUUGAAAAUGCAUUCAACUUAAUUUUCGCAUUCGAUGAAAUUGUUGCUCUUGGCUAUCGUGAAAGUGUCAACUUGGCACAGAUCAAGACAUUCGUGGAGAUGGACUCGCACGAGGAGAAGGUCUAUCAGGCGGUGAGAGAGACCCAGGAGCGGGAAGCUCGUCAAAAGAUGAGAGAAAAGGCAAAGGAAUUGCAACGACAACGCAUGGAAUCGGCCAAACGUGGGGGAAGCCUUAGCCAUCAUAUCAGUUCGAGUUUGGAAGGUUUCGGACCUACCGGCGGCAUUAGUAGCCAAUCGAUAUCAGCACCAACAAUUGAUUCUACUGAAAUUAAGUCAGCUCCCAAGGCACAAAAACCUAUUCCCCGAAAGGCAUUGCAAUUGGGAGGCAAAACAAAGGACGUGGAUAGUUUUGUCGAUCAGCUAAAGAGCGAGGGAGAAAAGAUUGCCAAUCUUACCCCCAAUGUUGGUGGAAUAGCCUCAACCACAACUGCUAGGCCCAAACUAGUUUCUGAUGUUCCCACCGAGAGUGUCCAUCUUAAGAUGGAAGACAAAUUGGUUGUUCGCUUGGGCCGCGAUGGAGGACUGCAGACAUUCGAACUUUCAGGCUUGUUGACACUGAGAAUCUCAGAUGAGUCAUUUGGUAGAAUCAAGGUGAUCUUAGAGAACAAGGAUAAGCACGGAAUUCAGUUGCAAACACAUCCAAACGUCGACAAGGAACUCUUCAAAACUCGAUCACAAAUCGGACUUAAAAAUCCAGCCAGACCUUUCCCGUUGAACACAGAUGUGGGCGUACUUAAAUGGCGCUACACCACACAGGAUGACUCGGCUAUUCCUUUAACAAUUAAUUGCUGGCCUUCAGAAAAUGGCGAUGGUGGCUGCGACAUCAACAUUGAGUAUGAGCUCGAGGCUCAACGCCUUGAAUUGCAAGAUGUUUGCAUUUCUAUUCCCCUUCCAUUGAACAUUCAACCAUCAGUUGGAGAAUAUGAUGGAUCCUACAAUUACGAUUCCCGAAAGCACGUUCUUCAAUGGCUCAUCCCGAUCAUUGAUGCCUCAAAUAAGGCAGGAUCAAUGGAAUUCACUUGUGCGUCAUCCAUUCCAGGGGACUUUUUCCCAUUACAAGUUACUUUUGUUUCGAAAACUCCAUUCGCUGAUAUUCAUGCCAAGGAUGUGGUUCAUGUUGAUGAUGAAACACCAGUUAAACAUUCAACCGAAUCCGUUUUGUUUGUUGAUAAAUAUGAAAUUGUCUAAACAAACUUUUAGUUUUUAUUUCAAAUAAUAUUAUUUUUCUUUUUGCUUUUUGCUGUUAUAUUCGUAUUCCCCCCAAAAACUACACAAACAAAAUAUAAAUAUACAUAAAUAUAAUUAUACAUUAUUCUCUUAUUUUUACUACACCUAGGUACGUAAUAAUAAAAUUAUUAUCAUAAAAAAUGUUUAAUUAUUUAAGGUGAGAAAAAUAAGUGUGUCUUUGAGUGCGACAUAACAUCUGCACCAUUAUUUAAAAUGUUUUUAUUUUUGUUUUCUUUCCUCGGCGCCAUUUGAUUAAGGAGAUAAAGAAAAAGUUAUGUACAUCUAUAGAAUGAUAAUAAAUUGAAUCAAAUAAUAUAUAUAUAUA